AUGUUUUCCGGAAUCACAGUUUCAUCUCAACCUUGGCCGCAGUUUCUGUCAGAAAUUAAGACAAUUGUUGAAAAUCUAGCUGGUGUAAAUGGAAUUUUUGUCGAGAACAAUUUGCCGGAAGGAGUGUUUUCCUUAGGAGGAUCUGUGUUUGUCGUUCCAUCUACAUUUAGAGGUAAAGUCCAAGUUCACAUUAGACGCUAUAAAAAAUACGGUCUUAGUUACUAUCCGACGUCUGAAGGUGUUACAUUACAGCCUUGGUGGAUUGAGCAUAUCAUGGGGAGAAAAGACUUACCUCAGACAGAUGAAGAUUUAGGCGGAAGUGUUUUGUGUCCAGAGAAUCAACUUAAAAUUACAAGUACGGACUUUAUUCAUUUCACUUUUACAAGAAAUUUUAAGACCGCAGAUAGCAUAGUUGUUUCAAAAAGUAUCUCAAUCUCCAAUGUGCAAUGGUCUGUAAUGCUAAAAAGUUAUAACGAAAUUGCUUCUUUUGUCUUGGAUCAUGUAUUUCGCUCGAUUGAUUUUUUAAAAGCUUACAGUACUUUUAUUGAUGCUCCUAUACAGAAAGAUCCUUUACCAAGCUCUUUAGACGUCAGUCUAGGUACACAAUAUCUUACACAAUUGCUUGAAAAUGUAAUUUGUGUUAUAUUAAAAGAAAAUGGAAUGCAAGAACCGGAAAUAAGGGCUGAGGAGCUUUGGUCAAAUCGUGUGGAAACAUUUAAUUCUUUAGCGUUCUCUUUGGAUAUAGUUCAAAUAGCCGAUUAUUUUUAUAAUAAACUUUUUGUAGAAGAACUAUUUUUAACGUUGAAACCAAUAAUGUAUGUCACUGAAAUGUUCUUUAAAAAUUUGCGUUUAGAUGUUGUGCUUAGAAAAGUAAGAGAUCUAUUAUGUCCUCCAAAUGCUUUUGAGUUUUUCGAAGAUUUUGCUUAA